UCAGACAAUUAUUCAUACGAAAAGGGUAAUGGGUAUCUUACAACAGCAGAAGAAGACGGUGAAAAUCCCCAAUUCUAAACUCAAACCCUAGCACCACCGCCGUGCCGAAUUCGCGGUUUAAUUCGCUAAAAGCAGACAGAAGCAACAGUAGCCUUCGCUGCCUCCGUUUAACACAAGGCUUAACUCAAUCAGGAAUCAUCACCUCUACAGACUUGCAUGCUCACUCAGUCGUAAACAAUUCAGAUUGAUUCUUCUUUAAGCGUUGGGUGAUAUGGAGGAGUCUCAGAAAAGAAGGGAAAGGCUGAAGGCAAUGCGAAUUGAAGCUGCUGAUACAACAGUUGCAAACACUGAUAGAUCAUUGGCAUCUGGUGGCCUUGCAAACCCUCUUGUUGAAGGAGAAAGCACUUCUGUUCCAACUCAAUAUUUUUCACCAAGAUUUGAUUAUUACACUGACCCUAUGGCAGCAUUCUCUGGAAGUAGGAGAGAUAAUAUUACUCCUCAGGUCUCACACGGACGCUCCUCAGGACCUGCACAUCAACAUAUGCCUCCUGGACCUACAUAUCGAAGUACGGCUCCAAACCAAUCAUAUCAAACUCCAGGUGUCAACUAUCCCGAUCAAAGAGGUGGACCACAAGGUAAUCCUCCAACUGCCUGGGGUGGACCGAUGGAAUUCGCUACCAGACCACAAGGUAAUCCUCCAAAUAUCAGGGGUGGACCGAUGGAAUUUGCAGGUGGACCACAAGGUAAUCCUCCAAAUGCCUGGCGUGGACCGAUGGAAUUUGCAGGUAGACCACGAGGUAAUCCUCCAAAUGCGUGGGGUGGACCAAUGGAAUUUGCAGGUAGACCACGGGGUAAUCCUCCGAAUGCCCAGGGUGGACCAGGCAUCGCCCUUAACUAUGUGAGCCCACCAAACAUGUCAAGAGGUGGUCAUUUCAGCAAUCCUAGCUUUGGACAGGAGGACCAUCCUUAUUAUGGUAGAGGCAGAAGUCAGAACUACUACAGUAGUCCCCAAGCAUCAGGGCGUGGAGGCAGCAGGCAUCUCGAGUCUGGUAGAGGCAGGGGUCGAUCAUUUGGUAAUAGCGUAACUCCAGGUUCAAGAAUGAGUGGCGGGAGAGGAGGGUCACGUGAAUCUGUUUCAGCUGAAGUGCGACCAGAUUUGUAUUACAUCAAGGAAAUGGUAGAAGAUCCAUGGAAGAUGUUGGAUCCUGUUAAAAGAAAGGAUACUCCUGCCCCAGAGAAUAAGUCCUGGCUGCCUAAAUCCGUCACUAUGAAAAAAGCUAAAGUUUCUAGUGAAGUUCCACAGACAUCAAUUUCUCAGCAAAGCCUAGCUCAAUACCUGGCUUCCUCAUUCGGUGACUCAACUGACGAGCCUGUUCACAGCGAGCCGAGUACAUGAAGGGUUGGCCUUUUGGAGCAGAGUCCUAAAGUAAUUGGUAAUAAGCCCUUAAUUCUGCCUAUCAGUUUACAACUAAAUUCCUCGGAAACAAACAGAUAAAUAUGUAACCAUCCCAUGUUUUUUGGAUUCAAUUUUUAUUUUUAUUUUUUUGUAAUUUUAGUUGGUUGUUGAAUCUUUGAUGUCUGAUUUUGACGAGAGAAUUAUUUUGUAGUAGUAUCCGAAUUUGGUUUGAAAUCAAUGAUAUGAUGCAAGAAAAUCAAACUUCUCUUUA